AUGUUUCCAGAUGUCCCAAAAUCAACGGUGUCCCGUUGUAUGGCCCUGGUAUGGGCGGCUUUUGGUCUCACAUUUCUGGCAGUCUACACGGCGAAUUUGGCAGCAUUCAUGAUUACUCGAGUGCAAUUUUAUGAUCUCAGUGGGAUCCAUGAUCCUUUGAUCACUCAUCCGGACAUGCACCAACCACCCUUCCGUUAUGGCACUGUUGACGGCGGAAAUACGCAUGAGACCAUGAAACGGAAUUGGAAACAAAUGCACGAAUAUGUGAAGAAGAAUAAGUUCUUCUACGACAACAUCUCGGCCGGUGUAGAUGCCGUCAGGAACGAAGGUCUUGACGCGUUCAUCUACGAUGCGGUCGUACUCGAUUAUUGGGCUGGGAAAGACGCUAACUGCGAGCUUAUGAUGGUGAGUGCGACGUUACCACACUCCUCCUGGAAGCUUGCUUUUCCUAAGAAGUCGGCAAAUGGGCAAGCAGAACAGGAUACGGUUUUGGAUUCCCCAAGAACUCGCCCUAUACUGCAAUGGUCAAUCAAGUACAUGCUACAGUACCAACAGAAAGGUGAUCUUGAACGGCUAGCCAACUUCUGGCUGACGGGAGCAUGCUCGCCGGACAGUCACAGUCAAACGCACUCCGCUCCUUUGGGAAUAGAGAACUUUCUCUCGGCGUUUUUCCUUCUCGCUGGAGGCAUAAUUUUCUCAGUGAUUGUGCUUGGUUGUGAGUUCUUCUUCAUUCGUCACCUAAGAAAGCCACUGCAAAAAAUCGAUCCUAAUGGAUGGUGCGGUAUUAUCAGCAUGGCAAUGGGCAAGUCCCUCACGUUGCCGGAAGCAGUCGACCGAGUGCGGGAAUGGCGGCACAGAGCGCAAUCGCUCAGUCCACAGUCACCUCUCCCAAGGAACUCAAUCACAAUAUCAAAGAAACCAGCGCCACCUCCACAGAACCCAGAACCUGUUCUGAAGAAAAGAUUCCUGCAAAUUGAGACGAAUUUGUAG